GACAUGCCUGUCAAACUAUCACCUUUGACCGUCACUUUGUAUGUCAACAUAAAAUUGCUAUUAGACCACUGGCAAAGUUUUUUUAGGUUUUGGUUACUUAAUAGUGUUGCCUCGAAAUGGAUGAGGAUAAUUGGAAUUUGCCAAGGAACCUGCCAAACAGACCAAAACGAAGUGAUUCUUCAAGAGCCGGCGGUUCCCCUAGAGCACGAGGUUCAAGAAUAACCCCUCUGAAUAUGGCUAGAACUCCACCGUUCAUAGAUGAUGCAACAAUCAGCGCGAUGAUAACCAGUGGAAUGUUGGACACCUUGGGUUCAGUUAAUUUUGCGCAAUUCAGAGUCCCAGUCAGGCAAACCAUCGGCACCAUAAGUCAAAAUAACGAUCAACUUGGACAAGCAGAAGACCAUAAUUUGGGAUGGAUACCGAAAAAUAUCAAUUUAUCCAGUUUGAUCAGCCAAAAUCAGAGUAAAGGACCCCAAUCAUCCAGAUUCAAUAAAUUUGAUAAAGUCCCGAAUCUUCUUCAACAAAUCGAAGACGAAGACGAACCUCCGAAGAAAGAUCCCAGAUUUUUGUUACCACAGCUGAUAAUGGAGGAACAAAAGAGUCAAGGUGAUAAAAUCGUCACAGAAGAAAGAAAAGAAUCCAUUUUAGAAUGGUUCGACCGUUCCGUUGAGAAUGAAUUGAAAAAACGGAAAGAAAACAUUCCAGGAGGAACGUCCACUUUCGCGGAUAUAAUCCCAGCGGUGGCGGAUCUCAACAUGUCAAAAGGUCUCAUGGAGAAGAUGUCCGAAGCUAGCGCGAGUGGAAUAGAGAUUGCGACCCAUAUGCGAAUGGAACCGGAUACGGAACUUACGGAUGCAGUCGACAAGCUCGCCAAAGCUGAGGCCAUGUGCGCUUUCGCAGGAGCAGUUAAAGCGGCAGAGGCAGCCGCAGAAGCUGCACCUCCCGAGUUAGCCGAGGAAGCAGCAGUAGCGAGUGCCAGGGGAUUCCAAACUGAGGUCCAUACGAGUGAGAUUAGAGAAGAGCUAACGGGAGUAAAACCCAUGGAGGUUAUCGGUUACAUCGGUGUUACUAAACCAAAGUACCCGUUGAAACCACAGAAGUGAUUGGAUAUUUCUGUCAUUUAGUUCCAUACAAAACAAUAAAUAUUUAUCGAAAGAGUGA